AUGCUGCAGCAAUGCUGCAAGGCUUUUGAUUGGUCUGCAGGGCUGCAGCCCACAUUUGCAGGUGAAAAGAAGGUGCCAAGACUCGAGUACAAUAAAACAAACUGUGAUUGCCGGGAUGGAUGGGUUGUACAUGGCCACACUUGUUACCAUUUUAGUCAUGAUACAGAGAACUGGAUAGACGCCAAGCUAGUGUGUCAGGCAUUGCAGGGCUCGUUGGUGGUGAUAGAAUCACAGGAGGAAAAUGACUUCCUGCAAAACCAAAUACAGUCUCUCAACCAUGACUGGUACUGGACAGCUCUCUCAGACUUGGAGGAGGAACACAAUUGGGGUUGGAUGGGAGACAGGAAGACGGCACUCGUUUACUAUACUAAUUGGGAUCAUGGGGAACCGAGCAGUUCAAACCAAGAGAAUUGCGGCGCCAUCAAAACUAAUGGUCGUUGGAAGGACAUCACGUGCCAUCAAUUCUGA